AUGCUGAUCUGGGCGCUCGUCUUGCUGUUGGCACCGAGUGCAACAACGGCCCAACUGUCGAAUGUGACCGCCCAGCUAUUGCUGGCCCCCGCCGAGCUGUCGUUGGUGCUGGAUGAGCACGCAAACAUAUCUAUCACCUACAGGGGCGUCGACGCACACGGCGACCUGAUCCUCACCCUCAGCGACAACAGCCCCUACGUGCAUGGGCCGAGGAAUGUAACACUUGACCACGGCUCGAAUGAGACGGGCUUCGGCAUCGUGGCAAAAGCCGUCGUCAGCCACACCGUCGUCGAAAUUGUCGAAGCCCUCUGGUGCGAUGUGGAAGGGACAAAUUGCACGAGAAUCGAAACCGGCGAGGCGUACACCCGAGUGUCCGUUAUCAAGAGCCGCUUCGUCGAUGUGCUGAUCGUCGUCGUGGGUUGGGCGUACUUCUUUGCGUGGAGCAUCUCCUUCUACCCCCAAAUCAUCCUCAAUUAUCAGCGAAAAAGUGUCGUUGGUCUCAACUUUGACUUCCUAUUCUUGAACAUUGUCGGAUUCGCGGCGUACACCAUCUACAAUGUGAUGAACUAUUGGGACCAGGCUGUUCAGGACGAAUACGCCCGUCUGCACCCAAAAAGCCCGAUGCCCGUCCUGCUGAACGACGUCAUCUUCUCCGUCCACGCCCUCAUCGCCUGCCUGGUCACUGCGCUGCAGGCAUUCAUGUAUGAGCGCCAAAACCAGCGUGUCCACCCGGGAUUCAUCGCCUACGGAGGCGCACUCGUCACCGCCGGCGUGUUCGCCCUGAUCCUCUCCCUUUUCCACAAAAUCACCUACCUGCAAUUUGUCACGUCGCUGUCGUACUUGAAGAUGGCCGUCACGUGCUCCAAAUAUUUCCCCCAGGCGGUGUACAACUACCAGCGGAAAAGCACGGUCGGCUGGUCAAUCGGCAAUGUGCUGCUCGAUUUCACCGGUGGUCUACUGGAUGUUUUGCAGAUGGUCCUGCAAGGCUGGAACGUUGAUGACUGGUCAGCCUUUGUCGGCAACCCCGUCAAGUUCGGCCUCGGCAUGGUGUCGAUGGUCUUCGACGUGGUCUUCCUCCUCCAGCACUACGUCUUCUAUCGCAACGCCGAGAUGCCCGACUCGCGGUAUGCCGGUGUGGAGAACCCGGCCGUCGAGCAGAGUGACGGAGAUGAUUCCCGGUUGAGAGCCGAUUCUCAUGACAUUGUGGUCCACGAC